AUGCCCUCUGCUCAGCCCCCUGCUUCCCUCACAUCCAGCUCGUCGGAGGCCUCGUACUCGCCCGUUCCUGCCACGAAUCCAGACGACCGGGAUGAUCGCUCUUCAACCACUCCGACCGCCGCCGCCGCGUCCAAACAGGUCGCGUCCUCCAGCGCCUCCCAAGACAAGGACAAGCCCCGUCUGACGGAGCAAGAAAAGAAAAACAACCACAUCGCGUCGGAGCAGAAGCGCCGGGCCGCAAUCCGCGAGGGCUUCGACCGUCUCACAGAGCUGGUCCCGGGCCUGGAAGGCCAAGGCCGGAGCGAAAGCAUCGUACUCAAGAAAACGGUGGAUUUUAUCCAUCUCAAACUACAGGAGAGACAGGAGUUGAUUGCGGAGAUCGAGCGCAGGGGCGGUCGCAUUGACGAUACCUUUCAAACAAGGUGA